UUCAGUCUCGUUCUGGACAUCUUCCGAUAACGUCACACUGUCUUCGAUCCGGCUCUAAGGCACGGGGAAGCCGAUUCGUGCCUUCGUUACACGGAUUGUACGUAGAGCCCGAUCGAAGCCGGUCUUCGAGUUUAAAGUCGGGCGUCGUGCGCCUCGCGCGAUGUACGUUUGAAUUCAAAAGUUAAAAUAGAAAAAAAAAAAAAAAAAAAAAAGACGUUGGUGGUGCUUGGUGAAUUGGAUAAUAAGCUAAGUUGUCAAGAGUUCUUCUUCUUUCUCUGAUCGUGCAAAAAAAUGGAACAAGUCGGGAAAAAAGGAAAUGAAAAAAUUGCGCUGAAACGAGAAUUAGGCCUGUUCAGCGCAGUGGGCAUGAUCGUAGCGGUUAUGAUCGGUUCCGGAAUAUUUGUAUCCCCCACUAGCGCUCUCGAAAGAUCAGGAUCUGUCGGUCUUUGUCUGAUCGUCUGGAUUUCUUGUGGCUUAUUAUCCCUACUGGGAGCGCUAGCGUUCGCCGAAUUAAGCACAGUCGUUCCACGUUCCGGUGCCGAAUAUGCUUAUUUCAUCGAAGCUUUCUCACCCCUGCAUCAAUAUGCCGGCCAAAUACCAGCAUUUAUAUGCUCGUGGGUUUACGUAAUGGUAUUACGACCAACCGAAGUGGCGGUAAUCAUGUUGACAUUCGCCGAGUACAGUGUACAACCGUUUUCUGGUUAUUUAGAAAAUCUUUCCGAAGAAUGGAUGUUUAGAUUGAAAAAACUCAUAGCUAUCCUAGCGCUCGGCCUGAUCACGUACAUUAAUUUAACAAGCGUGAAGUUAUACGUGAAAGUUCAAAAUAUAUUCACCGUAUGCAAAAUAGUUGCGUGUAUUUUCGUGAUUUGCGGUGGAAUAUGGUGGUUAUGCACUGGUCAUACGGAGUUAUUGGAGAAACCGUUUCACGGUACUACAACUUCGGCAGGCAACGUGGCGCUAGCGUUCUAUAGUGGAUUAUGGGCUUACGAUGGAUGGACUUCCGCCGCGAUCGUCACGGAAGAGAUUCAGAAACCGGAAAUUAAUAUUCUCAGAAGUAUUUUAAUCGGUGUACCAUUGAUCACUAUUUUAUACGUUUCGAUGAAUCUGAUGUACAUGGCCGCUCUAACGAUACCUGAAAUGGUAAGAGCCCCAGCUGUGGCAGUUCUCUGGGCGAAGAAAGUUCUACCCUCGUGGUUGGGCUUCGUGAUACCUCUGGGUGUUGCGAUAUCUACUUUUGGAUGCAGUCUUAGCAUUCAAUUCGGAGUAUCAAGACUCUGCUAUGUAGCCGGUCGCGAAGGCCACGUACCAAGAGUUUUCAGCUUCGUACAUAUCGAAAAAAUGACUCCCGCCGCGGCAGUAGCGUUUCAAGGAUUACUUACGUUACUUUAUCUGCUCACGGGAGAUAUUAUCGCACUUAUCGAAUUCGCAAGUUUUUUAACAUGGGUAUUUUACGGAUUUGCCAUGUUAUCAUUAAUAAUCAUGCGGAGAACGAAACCAAACGCAUCGAGACCAUACGCGGUACCGAUUCUGGUACCUUGGCUAAUAUUAGGAGUUUCUAUUUUCUUGGCUGUAACACCGAUCGUGCAUGAACCAACACCGAAAUACUUGUUUGCAUUGUUAUUUGUUCUUCUUGGCAUUCUCGUUUAUCAUACGUACGUGUAUAAAAAAGUAAAAAGUAGUUUGGCAACGAAAAUCACGUACCUUAUCCAGGUAUUAUGCCUUGUUGUUGCUCCAGAUAAAGAAGACUGAAAAAUAAUUUCUCAUUAUACGUUAUAUAUAACACCACAUUUAAAUUAUAUGAUAUGGUUGAGGUUGAAAUAUAUUUAAUAAUUCAAUUGAGAGAUAUUUUUAAAUCUCUUAAUAUCCGUUAUUAUUAUUAAAAGGGUAACAAUAUUAAAUUUAUUCAUUUUACAUUUUUUAAUUAAAAAUUUUUAUAACGUAUAACAAAUUUUUAUAUUUGUGCAGUAUUGUAAAAUAUUUAAUAAUGUAAUUACAAAGAUAUAAUAAAUAUUAAUUAUGAUAUGUAAUAAGUAUAAAAUAUAAUUAAUGGAAAUGUCAAGUAUUUAUUAUAUCUUUACAUAAAUAUACUUUAAAUAUCACAAUACUGUAAUAUCAAAGUUCACAAUAAUAUCAAUAUUUCAGUAUUAUGAUGACAAUAAAUAUUAUUAAUAUCAAUUAUAAUUCGACAAACGUAAUCAUUAUUUAUACGAUGUAAAAAUACUACAAAAUACAUAGAAUUUUAUAAAAUACCAAAGAUUAAUAUACUUUGGCAUAUAUUCGUAGUCAAAUUAUAAACAUUUACAAUCGUGUAAAUAUUUACUUGUCAACUUUUUGACUAUAUAUAUAUAUAUAUGACAUAGACAAUAUUUAUCUAUUAAAGUUGUUUAAGGCACCUAUAUAAGGCUUCAAAAAAUUACAUACAAAGUUAUAAGUUUAAUACUAGGAAAGCUCAAUGUACUUAUUGUUAAUUAUAUAUGUUAAGAAUUUUAUAUACAUCUUACGUAUUUUGCAUAAAAAUUAAGUUAUUUCGUAUAAAUUAGUGGAACAAAAAUGCGUAAUGAAAUGCAUAAAAUAUACUCUAAAUACAUUUUUAACGAAUAACAAUUAUUUAUAUUAUAGCAAUUCAAACAGCAGAAAUGAAACUUAUUUAUACUGCUUAUUUAUACUAGUCUUUGCAUAAAAUAUUUUAUCAAUAUCAAUUUAUAAAAAGUUUCUAGUUUAUAAGAAGCUGCUAUUGAGAUGCACUACAUUUUGGACAAGUUUGUCUUUCACUGAAACAAUUCUUCUGCAGUAUCAGAUAAAGCAGGUGGUUCAUCUAAACAAAAAAAUUCUCUCACACAUGCAGUUCCUAUGAGAAGAGGACUGCUUAAUAUUCCAUUAACAAAUGCUUGAAGACCGCGUAUUCUUCCUUCUAAAAAGCUUGGUGCAAAAUUAUCACCAAGCCAUUUUUUUCUUGGUAAGCUUAAUUGUGAAAUUGGAAUUUUCUGCCUUCUUAAUUGUGAUAAUAAACGAACAAAAUCUGUA